AGAGCACUGGUGCAGCUAACUUCAACAACACUCAAAACUUGUAGUUGGGGUUGACUUGUGCUCCACCCACCUACUGUCACUCCCCCCACAGCCCAAGAGAGAAUUCAAUUAUUUUCGUAAUUGGUUAUUAAAUUUUCAGCUUUACAUUUCAUGAACUGUUUGAACUUGCAGAAAGUUUUUAUUUCUUCCUUUUCUACACUCGAAGAAAGGCUGAUAGUCAGGUACCAGCUAGAAGUCAGAAAAUGAUCUUAUGACUGCUCCAAGGCUUUUUCUAUAAUAAGCCCCCUUCAACCCCCAGAAAAGUAAUUGUAAAUUUCUGUAGAGAGCAAGGAGCAGUGCUAUUCAGGGAUGCUGGCUGUGGCAGCUCUGGUGCUGGGGGUGGGUGUUCUGGUAUGGGCAUAUCAAGCAGUGACCCCUCCGCCUCCAAAGAUAUGUGGCUCUCCGAAUGGCCCGCCUGUUACUUCACCAAGAAUCAAGCUCAGUGAUGGAAGGUAUCUGGCUUACAAAGAGAGAGGCGUUCCUAAGGAACAGGCUAAAUAUAAAGUCAUCCUCGUUCAUGGCUUUGAUAGCUCCAAAGACAUCUAUUUGCCAUUAUCUCAGGAUCUGAUUGAUGAGCUGGGUCUAUACCUUGUGACAUAUGACAGAGCUGGGUACGGAGAAAGUGAUCCAAACCCAAAGCGGUCAGUGAAGAGCGAAGCAUUCGAUCUGCAGGAACUUGCUGAUCAGUUAGAGCUAGGCCCCAAGUUUCAUGUGAUUGGGAUCUCCCUUGGAACUUACAGCAUUUGGGCUUGCCUCAAAUACAUACCACACAGGCUGGCUGGUGUGGCUCUAGUAGUUCCUGUCAUCAAUUACUGGUGGCCAUCUUUUCCUUCAGAACUCUCCUCCAAGAACUACAAGAAACAAUUGGCCAGGGAUCAAUGGAAGCUUGGCAUUGCACACCAUACUCCUGGACUAACAUACUGGUGGCUGACCCAGAAGUGGUUCCCUUCAUCAUCCAUCUUGGAGAGACACCCAAUAAUUUUCAGCGAACAAGAUGUAGAAAUCAUACAGACAAUAUCAAAGAUUCCAAUGCCAGAUGAGCAUAAGAUACGACAACAAGGUGUUUAUGAGUCCCUUCAUCGAGACAUUAUGGUGCAUUUUGGAAAGUGGGAUUUCGACCCAAUGGAACUGAAAAAUCCCUUCCCUAACAAUGAGGGAUCUGUUCACCUCUGGCAAGGCCACAAAGACUCGCUCGUGCCAUUUGAAAUGCAACGAUACCUCGCCCAGAAGCUACCUUGGAUUCAGUAUCAUGAACUCCCUGAUAGUGGCCACUUGAUCAUUCAUCACAACAAGCUGUGUGAAGCCAUCUUCAGGUCACUUUUGCUAGGAGAAGAAUGCUCUGUCUCCCAAAAUGGUGUUCCGCAUUGAUCCAACCAACUACUACAAGCCUGUUUUUUCAUAAAUUGACAAUUCUGCUCUGCAUUUGUAUUUGGAAAUAUCUGAAGGCUUGGACUCUUGAGCAUUGUAUAUUUGUUUGGUUGUGCAAUUUUCUGGGUGUUUUUUUAUCCAA